UACAGUCAACAUCUGUCCGUGGAUGAGCAAACAUCUCGCGAACAAUACAUAAAUAUAAUUGUUGCAAGUCUUUUAUCAUAUUUUAUUAUUUAAAUAUGUCUAUUUAUAUAUACUUGUUAUGUUUUGUUUAUCUCGGCUGUGAGUGUAGUGCGUUACCGAGUAAAAAUCAACUUAAUAAUGGUACAAAUUUGGAUCAAAACAUUAAUAGUACAACGAUAAGCAAUGAUUUGAACACUACUAUCACAGAGAAGGCCGACAAUGUUAAAGAAAAAGUAUUGAUACAGUUGUACUACGAAUGCCUGUGUCCUUUCUGUACACAUUUCUACACAGAAGUUUUUAUACCUACAAUAAGAGAAAUUGGUGAUUACUUGGACGUUCGGACAUAUCCUUAUGGCAACGCUUGGACAAAUAAGCGCAACGGAUCCUACGUAUUCGACUGUCAGCACGGUAGAGCGGAAUGCUACGGCAACAAACUGCACGCGUGCGCCUUAGACCUGCUGCAGAACAAGACUCAAGCGCUGGUCUUCAAUUCCUGUUUGAUGGAGGGUAACUCAGAUGAUAGUGAUGCAGAUUAUUGUGGCAAAAAUCAGAAUGUGGAUGCUGAUUCCAUAAAAGAGUGCGCGAAAGGAAAUAAAGGCACAUUGCUUCUCAAAUAUUACGGCGAUGAAAGCGCAAAGGGACAAUACAACUACGUUCCUUAUCUCGUAAUCAACGGAGAACAUAGGACGAGGUCUAACUUCAUGUAUAAAGUCUGCAAGAUCUUUACUGUAACACCUCCUCCAUGCGUAGAGGUACUUAAGAGUGAAGAGGACAACAAAUAAACGAUUUAAAUAAA